AUGACGGCCGUUAUAAAGUGUAAUACGUGCAACAUUGUAAUCGACGAAAUGUUAUCUUACAUACAAAAUAAGGUGUCAGUGAUGGACGAAGAGACUCUGGUACGAAUUUAUUUGUAUCAAUCUCAAAACGAUACUAGUACGCAGCGAUCGUCAACAAACAACGCAACAGGUUCGCAACCUGACUCGGCGCACGCGCAGGCGCCCGUGCCAAUAAUGAGUCAUCCGAUCGCUUCGAAAGAUGCCCGCGACAAUAUACCUGUGGAGCGCACGAAUGUUUUGCACGUUAAUAAAUCAAAUGUCGGCGUUCAUGACGAUGUACCUGACAAUAUAAAAUCUGACAACAAAAAUGUGUUGUGGGGGGAUAGAAAUGAGGAACAAGUGGCGAAAUAUUCCGAAGAGUGUCACAAGAGACUUAGACUAAUUGAUUUUCCUUCCGAAUUUAUAAAUUGUGCGAAAACUUAUUGUAAUGAACAGGGUCACAAACAUGUUCUUGAUGGACUAUACGCUGACAUUGUGUCUGCCCUUCGUGAUGCGGCCUCUGUGAGUCGGGGAGGCAUUAGUGGGAAUGGGAUUGGUUUACGUGUAAUGGGCUGGAGCAGACACGUCGCCGAUGCUCAUAGGGCGGCACGGGUUAAGUUCUCCGAAUGGAUAUUGCAAGGCAAACCGCGCUCGGGUGCUUUAUAUAGCGAAAUGUGUGAAAGUAGAAGGGUAUUCAAAUCACGAUUAAAAUGGUGCCAAAAUCAUCAAGACCAAAUAAGGAUGGAUGCCCUAGCGGAGAGACAUUCAAAGGGUGAUUUUCGAAGUUUCUGGAAGGCUGUAAAGAAAGAGAACUUAAAGCCGGGCCGCCCAUUGGGCGUCGACGGUGUGUGUGAUCAUGGAGAAAUUGCAAAUAUUUUCCGUAGCCAUUUCACUGUCAAGUCUCCGUUGGAUCUGGUGGAGCGGGUGUUCGAUGCUGAUGAGCUGAGCGGGACAGUCAACCGUGGAGUCACAGCAAAGGAUGUGUUGAAUGUUAUUAGAAACAUGACCAAAGGAAAAUCUCCAGGUCACGAUGGCCUCAGCAUCGAGCACCUGCAGCAUGCAGGACCUCAUACAUGUAGAGUUCUUGCCAUGUUUUACUCGUUGUGCGUGAACCACUCCUAUUUACCGGCGGAUCUAAUGAAAACCGUGGUAAUACCCAUAGUGAAAAAUAAGACGGGUGACCUUGCCGAUAAAAACAACUAUAGGCCCAUUUCCCUUGCCACGGUGAUUGCCAAAGUGUUUGACGGUGUGCUUAACUCGCAGCUAGAGAAAUACGUCAUUUUGCACGACAACCAAUUUGGUUUUAGACCCAAAUUGUCUACAGAAAGUGCUAUACUAUGUCUUAAGCACACCGUUAGAUAUUAUACGUCUCGUGGAACGCCGGUGUAUGGAUGUUUCCUCGACUUGUCUAAGGCCUUCGACCUGGUGGACUACAAUCUCUUGUGGAAUAAACUAGAGAAUGUAGGGCUACCUCGCGAACUCAUAAACAUCUUUAAGUAUUGGUAUGCACACCAGGUUAACAGCGUCAGAUGGGCGGGUGCAGUGUCUGACUCGUGGCUCCAGUGUGGUGUCAGGCAGGGUGGCUUAACCUCUCCGACUUUGUUCAAUAUUUACAUGAACGCGCUGAUCGUCGAGCUCAGCGGCCACCAUGUCGGCUGCCACAUUGAUGACGUUUGUGUCAAUAACCUUAGCUAUGCGGACGAUAUGGUCUUGUUGAGUGCGUCGGUCUGUGGCCUAAGACAGCUGUUGCGAGUCUGCGAGAGGUAUGCCGUUGAGCACGGCCUAAAGUAUAACGUCACCAAGAGUCAAUUCAUGGUCUUCGGGACUGGCGGUGCCAAAUUCCCACGAAAUGUACCACCCGUAUACCUUAAUGGUGUCCCUCUGGAUAGAGUGGACCAUUUCAAGUAUUUAGGGCAUAUGGUAACGGCCGGCCUCGGAGACAGUGAUGACAUAGAACGUGAGAGGAGAGCCCUGUCUAGGAGAGCAAAUAUGUUAGCUCGCAGAUUUGCGCGAAGUUCAGUCGCAGGCGCUGGUGGGGCUGACCCGCUCCUGCAGCGCCUCUGGUAUGUUUGCGGCGGCACGAACCGAUUGCUUUCACGCGACCAUGCGCAAAAGAUGCACAUCACUGGUGCGCAGAGUGCGGGCCAGCCCCAAUAG